AAUUGAGUAUUUUAGCAUUACUUCAUAGGAAUGCAGACAACUUUUUCGAGAAAAUAUUCUAAACAUGUAAUGCAAGUCAUAAAUGUAUGAAUAGUAAUAUUUGUCAAGUGUAGAAUGUACAUAUUUGCUCAAUCAUGUUCCAUUCGCAUGUGGAUUGACGACCUUUCAGUGUCACGAAAUACAAUUAGCUGUCUGAAAUUUGAGAACUGGAUUACAAGUGGAUUACUCUGGCUUACAAGUGAAUUACUUUGAAUGAUGCCAGAUUAUUACAAUAUAUUACAUGAGAUUACACCAGACUAAUAUUAAAUUACAAACGAAUUAUCCUGGAUUACAUUCGAUUCAAAGUGGAUUACCAAAUUAGAACUGUAGUAAACGAAAUAACCUGGAUUAGAAUAAUAUUUCUCCAUAUUGGAAGUGGAUUCCACCGGAUUAAAAAUGGAUUCACCUGAUUAGAAAUGGAUGACUCAAAAUUGGAGGUGAAUUCCUUUGAAUUAUGAGUAAAUUACUCCGAAUUACAUUGGAAUAGUCGGAUUACAAGUAGAUUUGUCGGAUUAGAACUGAACUAAUUCACAUAGGAAGUGGAUUACAGGCGGAUUUUUCCGACAUACAAGUGAAUUGCUUUGAAUCACCCGAAUUAGAACAGGACUAAUCUAUACUUGAAGUCAGAUCAGAUUUCGUGGAUUGGGACGAAUUACUCCAUGAUAGAAGGAAACGAACAGAUUACGAGUGUGUUACUCCGAUUUACAGUACGUCAGAGUACUCUUCAUUAAAAGUGGAUUAUCCUGCGUUAGAAAUUGAUUACCCUGGAUUACAAGUGGAUGAUCAUGAAUUACAGUGGCUUACUCCUGUUUACACAGAAAUAUCGAAAUAUUCUGUAUUACAAGUCGAUUACGUUGGAUAACAAUUGGAUUAAUCAUGGAUUACAAGUAGAUUAUUAUGAAUUACAAUUGGAUUAAUCGGAUUACAGGUGGAUUUGUCGGAUUAUAGCGGCUUACUCCAAUUUACACAAGAAUAUUUGAUUACUCUGGAUUAGAUGCGGAUUCCUCUGAAUAACCCUGCAUUAAAAUAGAUUACCAUAGAUUACAUGUGGAUUGUUUUCGUGUUGCAGGUUGCAACAUGUCGCAGCAGCAAAAAUCGCCAAUAAUAAAAAAGGAUUUUUGGAAUCAAAAUCCUGGAAAAGAGGAAAAAUCCCUGAGAAAUAUUACAAACAUGGAACAAAAUAUGAUUCCGCAAGCAAAAGAGCAACACCUCGACGAAAUCUGCGCCAUAAAAAGUAUCUUCUGCGAAGAUCAAUGUUCCGAAUACUCUCAAGGUCAUCUCGAUGUCGAGUGUAUAUUCGACAUCCAGCCAAUUCUGCCAUCCCCAGAAUUCCAGGUCUUUUACGUCUACGAAAAUCCGCCCAACCCGAUAGACUUUGGCAGUAUUUUCGUAAAAAACCUCCCCCCGAUUCGCCUCUACCUAAAACUCCCCUCUUCCUAUCCCUCGAAAAAUCCCCCAGAGUACACCCUCAGCAUCUCCUGGCUCCCACCCUGGGAAUCCUCAAAAGCUUGUCAGAAACUCGACGAAAUUUGGGAGGAAAACCAGGGAUCCGAGAUCCUCCUCCUCUGGAUCGACUUCCUCAAAAAAGACCUCCUCGAGUUCCUCGGCAUGAACGAGAAACUCGAAAUCUCCUAUCUCUUCACUCUCAGCAAACACCAGGAGGAUUUUUUCUUCUCGCAACCGAUCCAGUACCGCGAUUCGAGAGUCUCGAAAUCGCAGAAUCGAUGUCCAAUCAAAUUUCUCGAGGACUACGACAACAAAAUAAACUCGCUGAGGUUCAGUAAAGGCGUCCACUUUUGCGGAAUUUGCUUGGAGAGGAAAAGGGGAGCGGAGAGUUUCGAAUUCACGAAUUGCAAGCACGUCUUCUGCAGAAAUUGCCUCGAGCAGUAUCUCAAUUCGAAAAUUAACCAGGGCAGUGUGAGCCGGAUUUCGUGUCCGAAAAGCGACUGCGGAAGGAAAAUCGAGUACAAGGAGAUCCAGGAUAUUUGCAGGGAGGAAAUUUUCGCGAAAUUUGAGGGUUUGCUGCUGAGGAAGACGAUUAAUACGAUGAAGGAUGCGGUUCCUUGUGCGAGGAAGAUUUGUCAGUAUCCGGUUAUUAGGGAGAAUGUGGAUGAUAAUUUGGCAACUUGUGCCAAUUGCAGAUAUAGCUUCUGCGUCUUUUGUCGUAAGGGGUACCACGGUGUUUCCCCUUGCGAAAUGUCGAGGGAGGAAACGAAAAAGCUCAUAAAUGAGUAUCAAAAUGCUUCAAAUCAGGGGAAGAAGUUACUGGAAUUAAAGCAUGGCAAAAAGCAAAUCGAAAUCGUCGUUGAACGACAUCUUACUAAAGAAUAUCUGGAGGAAAACGCAAAACCCUGUCCCAAUUGUUUUUCACAAACAACAAAAAUUCAAGGCUGCAACAAAAUGACAUGUGUCUACUGUGAAUCCAAUUUUUGCUGGUUGUGUGGGGUUUUAAUAGAAUUAGCCGAUCCUUAUCAACAUUUUGUUGAAACCAAAAACGGAACGAAUGCCUGCGGAGGAAAACUAUUCGACGGAGCAAUCCCUAAAGACGAUAUAUUAGACGAUAUCGAAAUAGAGGCCAAUCUCCAAUUUUUCCAGAUUCAAGAUCGAUACAACUAAUUUUCUAUUCGCAAAAUAAUUAUAGAAAAUCUAUCGAUCUCCGGACUCUAAUUUUAAAAAAUAAUUCGAUUAAAAAAAAAGAAACAAGCGAAAUUAUCGAAAUUUCGAGUCAAGUUCUGAUCUUGUCUCUGAAAAGGAAGUUCAGUUCUUUUUUAUGGUAUUUUUUUUUUUUCUUCACAUAGAAGUUAUUAUUUUGAUAAAUAAUUUUUGUUUUAGAAGUCAGUUCUAUGUAGUUUU